AUGGGGCAGGAAACUACCAACCAGACAUGGGUGAGCGAGUUCAUUCUGCUGGGCCUGUCCAGUGACUAGGGCACUCAGGUCGUCCUCUUUGUCUUGAUCCUGGCCAUGUACUUGGUGACUAUUGUGGGGAAUUCGCUCAUUCUCAUUCUGAUAAGACUAGACAGCAGGCUUCAUACUCCCAUGUACUUCUUCCUGAGUGUUCUGUCCUUUGUAGAUCUUAGUUAUGGAAACAGCUUUGCCCCACAAACACUGGUCCACUUACUCUCAGCACAAAAGCACAUCCCGUUCAAGAGUUGCGUGCUCCAGCUCUGUGCUUCCCUGGGACUGGGUGGAUCUGAGUUCUUCCUGCUGGCAGUCAUGGCCUAUGACCUCUAUGUCGCAGUGUGCUACCCACUGCACUACACAGUCAUCAUGCAUGGAGGGCUGUGCCUGGGGCUGGCUGCUGGCUGCUUGGUGACUGGCUUCUCCAAUUCACUGAUGGAAACAAUCAUCACUUUCCAGCUUCCCUUGUGUCACAAUGUUCUGAAUCACUUUGCCUGUGACACCCUAGCAGUGCUUCGACUAGCCUGUGGGGACAUCUCCUUUAACAAGGUCAUGGUGGCCAUCUCAGGAUUUCUGGUGAUCAUUCUUCCCUGUUCCCUGGUUCUGUUCUCCUAUGCUCGUAUAGUUGCUGCUAUUCUGUGCAUUCACUCUGCUCAUGGACGUCACAAAGCCUUUGGGACCUGUGCCUCCCACCUCACGGUGGUUUGCAUGUGCUUUGGAGCUACGGUCUUCAUCUACUUGGGGCCACGCUCUGCCUCCUCUGAAAACAAGGAGAAAAUGGUUGCUCUGUUUUAUGCUGUGGUGGCACCCAUGUUGAACCCCUUGAUCUACAGCUUGAGGAACAAGGAAGUUAAGGCUGCUCUUGGGAAACUUCUAGAGAAAUUCAGAUAA